AAGAACUUUAUUGGCGUAUUUUUACCUCAACCUGCACAAGGUAUCAAAAAGUCCUACGAAAGACGCGACUCGAGUAUCAUUUCUCAAGAAAAGAGCACCGUUGAUUAAGACCGUCUCCCGGCCGAGAACGCGCACGACGACCUCCGGCGUCCUCUAACCAGAUCGGCACAACACCGCCCAAUCUCGUCCGCAACAUCACUCUGGCAAACGAAGAACAGCAUGGGUUACUUUGAGACCGCCAGCACCUCGCUGCGCGCCCUGGUGACUCCGCGCGGGGGGAUGGGCAACACGGCGACGGCGACGAUGGGCGCGGGUACGCCACGGGGCGGGAGCAUGACCCCCCGCGGCGGCACCUCCAACCUCGCGGCGGCCAUGCUGACCCCCCGGGGCACCAACAUCAGCACGCCGUCGGUGAACACGCCCGUCGGCACGCCGCGCGGCGGCCCCACGAUGAUGGGCGGCAGCAGCUACAAUGCGCAGCAGCAGAGCCUCAGCUUCGUCGCGCAGAAGUCGUCGCAGCACUACCAAUCGCUGCUGGCCGCGGCCCAGGCCCGGCUGCAAAAGCCGAUCUGCAGCUCCUCCGGGUUCAACUACUACUUUUUUCCGAAGCUGUUCAAAGUCCAGGAGAAGAAGUAUCCAGAAGGGGAAAGACGUGGUCCAACUGCUCUUUCGAUUGAAAACAAAGAGUUUCAGGCUGUGAAGAUUCGGAGUUCGAGUCUUUUGUCACGAGAAAUUCGAACGCCGGAUGAACUCAUCGUGCAAGUCGCAAUAAAACUUUGCAUGUUGAUAUUGCACUUUUCUAUGCGUCGCCAAGCAAGUUAGUUGUAAAAAUUCCGAAUUCCAGCAAUUUGAAUUUGAGCAAGGAGUUGGCAAAAGUUUUUUCCCCUUCAUGACGUAUCAAAACAAACCGACUCCACUCUGCUGGACGAGGAGUCGCUGGCAAAAAAACGCGCGUACGUUGUGGACAUGAACAUGUUUCACCCGGUCACGGAGUUGAAGGUGCGGGUACGGUUAUCAAAUGCAAAUAUGUCUGGGUCUGGAAGAGUGCAGGAGUUUGUCAUGCAGAUUUUGCAUGACCCGUGAGGUCCGUGACGCAUGCUGUAGCAUAUCAGAGAUUCUGCGAGGUGGGCUUUCUGAUGCUCAUACCGCAUCAGAAAUGCCUUUUCCGCUGAGAAAAAAUUGCACCUCUGUUGCUGUUCAUGCAACACAAAUCUUCUUAGAAUCCAAAGCCAGCAUCACAAGUUGCAUUCUUCCAGACCCAGACAUUUUUGCAGUGCAUAGCGGUUCCAAACGAACGACUUCCAGGAUCACGAUUACAUGAUCCGGUCGGAGGCCGAGUCCUUUGAGCUGAAGCAAAAACUGUGGAAAAUCUUCAACGCGUCCGGCACCGUUUUGUCCGAAGAAGUUUUGCCUCUGAUCGACGGCGAGGACCUCCCGGUGAAAACGGUCAAGGACGUCAAGACCCAGUUGCUGAAGGGUGUGCGGAAGCGCAUCAAAGCGUAUCAGGGCGUUUUGGACGAACUCUUUCCGCAGGAGACGUCGUCCGGCACGCCGGUGCACUGCCUUUUCACAGCGCCCAUUGAUGCUAUCGGAUUUAGAUGUGACAAGUUUUCGAGAUCUCCUGCUCAAGUUGGCGUGCUGCUAAAAUUCAUGUCGUGAAAAGAAGAAGAUGAAGUUAUAAUUAUCCGUUGUAUGUUGUCGACCGCACGCGCAGCAUCGCGCGCGGGUGAUGUUCAUGCAAAGUCAGACGAGGGUCGUGCAGGUGUUUCAACAUCUUCAUCCAAGCAGUUGAUGCCACACGACACAAAUUGCAGCCCAACUAACUCGCCGGUGUCGAUUUUAAAGAUUUCCUAUGCAUAGUUAAAUGCGAAGACGAAGCAACGGAGGCACACGUGGAGCCGGAGGUGAACAACGAGGCAUUGUACGAUUUGAAAGAAGACCCGUAUGCGUAUGAAGCCAUGCGCAUGAUCCCCCCACCCAUGAUGCGCCACCGGGAAAAAACGCUGUUGCGGUACUUAGCCUGUAGCUGCCAUUACAAUUCUGCAAGUUGUUGUCUAGCUGCACGUAAACAACUUCUACCCUCUCUUGCCAAUUGUGCAUAGCGUCUACUUUUUGUACCACUCACUUGUUGAGCGACACUUCUCGUGAACUACACGACCGCGCUUCAAAAACAAAAAAUCUUUCCAGGUUUCUGUUCGAUAAGGCCCCGAACGCGCGGAACCACAUGGAGGUCCGCUAUCAAAUGUAAAAAUGUCUGGGUCUGGAAACUUGUAAUGCUGCGUUGGGAAUUGUGAAUGCUCUGUAAUGCACAGCCAAGCAUGGGAAAUAUCUGCGCUUCCUUGUGUUGCGUUUUUCGCAUGACAAACUACGUUUUUGCAUGACAGUCAAAAGGGUCUCUUCUUGGACACGCAUCACAAGCUUCUUGGUCAUGCCAGACAAGCAUGACAAAUCUCGGAAUCUCCCAGACCCAGACAUUUUUGCACUUGAUAUCCGCGCUUUCGUGCCCAAACCGACGAAGAAUGUGAUGGACCGGCUGAAAAAACGCCCCGCGGUGUCCGCGUUGCUGAACCGCUACGCGUACUUGACGCAGCGCGACCAGAUGAAACGGUACAAAUCCGAGCUGUUUCCCUUUCCGCGGGAAUCCCGCCGGAUGCGGUUCGAAACCCCCACGAAAAAGGAGGUGGUGGUGCGGUUUGUGACCCAGGAGGACUGGGACCUGUUCUACGGGUUGUGCGACUUCCUGAUCGAGUCGGCGCAGGCGCUGCCCAUGAACCACAAGGUGAUCAAGGACGACUAUCCAAGAAAAAAACAUUGUAGCUGUAACUUUUUUGGAGGAACAGCAUUACAAAUUUGUCUGGCAUGACAGCAAAAACCUGUCAUGCGCAGAUAGCACGUGAAUACGCCCUUUAAUGGACCCUACGAUGCAUGCCAAGCAUGACAGGCGCAAUCAUCUUGCAUAUUGCGCAUCACAAAUUUACACUAGCAAUGUUUUUUUCUUGGAUAACGACACCGAGGGGUUCAUCGACCGGUUUUUCGAGGCGAAAAUCGUGCGGGAGUCCGGCGGGUAUCCACUGCAAAUCUGUCUGGGUUUGGAAACUUGUGAUGCAAGUCUGCCAGCGGUGGGCGCACUGCAAUGCGCAGCCAAGCAUGACAAGUUUUGGCAGUGCUGUAAUGUGUAAUGCACGUUCCGCAUGCACGCUUUUCCUUUUCCUUUUGCGUGACAGGGAAAAGGCUCUUUCCCUGCUCAUGCAUCACAGAGGUAAGAGUCAUGUGAGACAAGCAUGACAACCUGGCAAGCUUCCAGAUUCAGACAUGUUUGCAAUGUAUAGCGGGGUGACCCGGACCAUGUUCGACUUGUCCACCGAAAUCAAGGCGAUCCACGACGCGCAAACGAAGAGGGAGGAGCAGCAGGAGCUCUCGCUGUUCUUGAACGCCGCCGACCCGACGCCGGACAAGGAGAUGGAGCGGCUGAAGGCGAAGCAGUUCCUAUGCAAGGAAAAAACUGUGUAAGUGUAACUUUGUCUUGCAGAUGUUGCAAUGCAGUUACACUUCUCAUGCUGGAUAUGCGUCAGAGGCUAUUUUCCUACGUGUUUUCGCGUACUAGCUACGCAUGGCAGGUUUUCUCUGUCAUGCAAAACAAAUCUGUGAUGCUGUUCCUGCAAAAAAGUUACACGUACACACUUUUUUUCUUGGAUAGUUCCGCUUCGGCCGGUGGGUGCAGAACGGGGGGUUUUUAAAAGUACUGGACGACGAGGAAAAUUUGCGCGACGUCGUCGAGAACCACUUGUUGGAAAGCCCGAACGAUAUCCUGUGUAAAAACGUCUCCACCCCAGAGUUGUCAUGCAAUUCUGCAUGCCAAAAAGAUUUCUCAUGCGGAGCCCUAUAAGAAGCGUGUUCUGUUCGUGUUUUGGAAUUUGUGAUGCUAGAAUCAGCAUGCUAUGCUAGAUCUGUAAUGCUUCUGAACUACCGAAACAGGAUAACACUACGGGGACGAACUUGUCAUGCGAAGCAACCAAAUCUGGUUGAUUUGUCUAGCAGAUUUCCCAUCUCGACUCUGGUGUGGGGACGCUUUUCCUCAGGAUAAGCGAACCACUGGAAUUCGUCUUGCAGAUCGUGGACAAAGCCCCGCCGGGGAGGAGAAGAAGGUAAAUUUAGAAAACGUACAAGAGCAGUGAAUUCUCGUAGUUCAUCACUGGAGACUCAAAUUACAACAUAAACAUAGCGGUUUGACAAGAAGGACAUGCUGUAUUCGGGCCGCAUCGCGGUUUUUUUUUUGGUCACCCAGCGGUGAUCCAUGCGAGUAUUUGUAUUUUGGAAAUUUUUCUUUGCAUUUAACCACCAGUACGUACUAAUUCUGAGAUACCAUUUUUGCCAUUUCAUGAGGGAGCUCCUGUAAUGUAACUUUUCCCCACUGUAGUUUUUUGCUAUUUUUUCAUACUAUGAUCGCACCCCUAUUUCUUUGUCUACAUCUUCACAACUGAAUCCCCUUUAUGGAACGAGUGCAAUUAAAGAACUAUCGAAGAACUAAAGCCAAUACAGCAUCACUACUGCAGAGAGCUUCGCGCUACACAACAGAGCUGAGAACUACACAUAACUACAUUUACGAAUCUCCACCCUAAACAAUACUCAAGUGAAGAAGAAGAUCGAUUUUACAAUACAUAGAUACUACCAGAAGAUCUUUG